GCCCCAUUAUAAUCGUGUCAUCAAGGUGCGCGUGCUGCCCGGUGUGUGUGGACGAUCGGUUGCACGUGAAUCACCGUGAUGGCCAGCAGCUCUGAUGUGGUGAAGAAAGUCAUGCGAUUCAAACUUCAACUCUCAGAUACAACAGACUCUGCUACGGUUCUGAAAGUUUUGCAGAAACUCAAGGAUCUUGAUAUCACAUUAGACAUUCUUGCUGAAACUGGAAUUGGCAAAACAGUUAACUCGUUGCGCAGACACGAACAGGCUGGAGAAUUUGCAAAGCUGCUAGUAAGGGGUUGGAAAAGAUUGGUUCCUAAAGAUUCCACAAGCCACAAAGAAGAUGGAGAGAUGUCAGAGAGUUUAUCUGUCAGAAACAAACUAGAUGACAAAAACUGUCCAAAUAAUGGAACUUUGACAAUGGAGGAUUUAAACAAUAAUUGUAUAACAUCUCAUGACAACAGUCAGAGCUCUCCAGACGAGGCCCUCUUCAAAACAGAGAACUGGCAAACUGAUUCAGAGAAACAAUGUGAGGAACAAAUGAGACCUCAGGAUCAGAAUGAAAAUCAAGAAAAAAGUUUCCAAGAAAACUGCAAUGUUUCUCAGAAUAACAUCUUCAAAAAGAAAAUGCAAGAGGAUAAAAUGGACAGUUUAGUUGUUUCCAUGGAGAAGAAAAAUCAUCAGAGUAACAGAAAAUCAGCAGAAGGUGAUUUUUUGCUCGGAAACAAAAACUUGGACACUCAUCAGGAAUCCAAGUCAGAUUUCAAAGAAAAAAUGAAGAGCAACUCAGAUAGUGGAAGACUUGGGUCCGAAAAAGAGUCAAACAAGAAGUCAAAGACAUCAAAAGAAUUAUUAAAGGAAGAAUCUAUUUCAUUUGCAUCCCGUGACAAAUGCUCCGAAACCUUAAAACUGGCCAGUGUCAAAGAUGACACAUCUUCAGGAAUAUCGAGGAGCUUGGACUCCCAUAACAGAAAAAGGAAAAAAACAGGGAACAAGAUGCAGGCCACUCUGAAACAAGAACCGGAGUCUGAAAACAAGGGACAUUCCAAACACAAAAACAAAAAGGCCAAAAUAAAACACAAAGACAAGAAAAGUGACAAUGACCCCAAGGAGCCCUCUGUGUCUUUUGAAUCAUGCUUGAACUACGACGCAAAUGUUUUCAAGAGAAAAGAAAGAUCUGGAGUGAAGAAACCUCCCAGAAAAAUCGAGACUGUAGUGAAAGAAGAAGCAACUAAUUAUCCAGGCAUGAAAGCUUUCAAGUCACAUGUGAUGUCUGUAAAUGUUACCUCUCCAAAACAGCAGUGUAAGGAGUCUAUAAUGGACCUGGUGAACAUUCCUUUACCCGCUGUUCUUCCUGAAUGUGAACAGCCAUCCAGUGUUGACUACUUUGACAGGAAAGCUGAGAAAGAGACGGAUAUCUGUGACAUCUCGGAAGAGUCUGCAGUCUUCACUGGUCAGAGACUUAACAGGAAGAUGCAAGUGUACUCCGGUGCCAAGACCAUCUUCCUCCCAGCCAUGAUGAGCCUGCACCAACAGUGUAUCCGCACGCUCCAGAAUAACAUCAACUUGCUUUAUGAAACUGGCGGAGUCCCGUUUGAAAUCCUGGAGCCUGUGUUGGAAAGGUGUACACCAGAGCAGCUGCUACGCAUUGAAGAAUACAACCCAAUCUAUGUUGGAGUGACGGACCACUUAUGGGGGAAACAUUGUCAGAGGGACUUCAAAGACUGCAAACUUCAGGAAUAUGAAUCAUGGAAAGAAAUGUACAUCAGGCUGUCUGAGGAGAGGGAAAUGAAACUCCAAAGACUCACUAAAAGCAUUGUCUCGGCACAGUCUAACAAACCCAAAGGGCGGCAGGUGAAGAUGGCAUUUAUUCACACUGUUGCCAAGCCACCGAGAGAUGUGCGAAUUCAGCAGGAAAUUCAUGGAACUGCUGUUCAGCAGCCUCAUCAGCUCAAGUGCAGCAUCAAGGUUCAGGACAACAGACCGAGGCCGAGUUGUAUCGAACCCAGCCGGUCCAGCAGCACCACUUCGGGGGCAGGCAAUACACAAGACCCCCGCAAAAAAACAAGAGUUGCUCCAAUGAUGGCAAAGUCCUUAAAGGCAUUCAAGAAACAGCUGGGACGCAGAUAAAUGCUCUUAUGAUCUCGCUAUUUACAGUGUGUGGGUGUGGUGAAAGUGCACUCUGGCACUCAUUAACUUUGGACAGUAGAAAGCCUGUGUUCACCUUAGAUUACUCUGUGUUGUUUGUCUAAAUAUUCAGGCAGUUGCCAUGUUUUUUUUUUUCUAUACCUAUGAAUUGUCUUCACUAUUAAAUGGACAAUGAAAUAAGCAAAU